GUCCUCCGGGGUCCCGUCUCUGCGAUCACCCUGUAGCGGGAGUAGCCGCGGCCUCAGAGAGCUCCGGGCCCAGGCGGCGCUGCCGCGCCUGCGCGCUCCGCCCGUCGCUCCGCCUGGCUGGGACGGCCUCCGAGCCGUCGCCGCCCGCCCACCGCCCCGCGUGCCCACCUCCCCGCCGGGCGCCUCUGGCCGGCGAGAGAGAAGGGCGCGGCGGGCAGAGCGCAGCUGGACCUCGCGCGUCUCGCCUCCCGGACCAGGCAGGUGACGGUGCCCGCUUGGCAGAGAUGGAGAACGCCCUGACAGCCCGGGAUCGGGUGGGAGUGCAGGACUUUGUCCUGCUGGAAAACUUCACCAGCGAAGCUGCUUUCAUCGAGAACCUGCGCAGGCGGUUCAAGGAGAACCUCGUCUAUACAUACAUUGGCUCAGUUCUGGUCUCGGUGAACCCGUAUAAGGACCUGGAGAUCUACAGUAAGCAGCACAUGAACCGUUACCGUGGCGUCAGCUUCUACGAAGUCUCUCCUCACCUCUACGCCAUCGCUGACAACGCCUACCGCUCGCUGCGGACGGAGAGGAAGGACCAGUGCAUCCUCAUCUCGGGGGAGAGCGGGGCGGGCAAGACGGAGGCCACCAAGAAGAUCUUGCAGUACUAUGCAGUCACCUGCCCUGCGAGUGAGCAGGUGGAGACAGUGAAGGACAGGCUGCUGCAGUCCAACCCAGUCCUUGAGGCUUUUGGAAAUGCCAAGACUCUUCGGAAUGACAACUCCAGCCGGUUUGGGAAAUACAUGGAUGUCCAGUUUGAUUACAAAGGGGCUCCCAUUGGGGGCCACAUCCUGAACUACCUCUUGGAGAAGUCACGGGUGGUGCACCAAAAUCACGGUGAGAGGAACUUCCACAUCUUCUACCAGCUGUUGGAGGGGGGAGAGGAAGAUCUGCUGCGGAGGCUGGGGCUGGAGAAGAGCCCCCACCAAUACCAGUUUCUGGUGAAGGGCCAGUGUGCCAAAGUCGCCUCCAUCAAUGACAAAAGCGACUGGAAGGUGGUGCGCAGGGCACUGUCUGUCAUCAACUUCAGUGACAGUGAAGUCGAGGAUCUGCUGAGUAUCAUUGCAAGCGUGUUGCACUUGGGGAAUGUGCAAUUUACAACCAAUGAACAUGGCAGUGCGCAAGUGACCACAGAAAACCAGAUCAAAUACUUGGCCAGGCUCCUGGGCCUGGAGAACUUGGUGCUGCAGGAAGCUCUGACUCACAAGAAGAUCAUUGCAAAAGGAGAACAGUUGAUCAGCCCUCUCAGCCUGGAACAGGCCUCCUACGCUCGUGACGCUCUGGCCAAAGCUGUGUAUGGGCGCACCUUCUCCUGGCUGGUGGGCAAGAUUAACAAGUCCUUGGCUUACAAGGAGACGGAGAACCUGGGCUGGAGGAAAAGCUCAACUGUGCUGGGACUGCUGGAUAUUUACGGAUUCGAAGUUUUCCAGCACAACAGCUUUGAGCAAUUCUGCAUCAAUUACUGUAACGAGAAACUGCAGCAGCUUUUCAUAGAGCUCACCCUGAAAUCCGAGCAAGAGGAGUAUGAAGCUGAGGGCAUCGCGUGGGAACCAGUUCAGUAUUUCAACAACAAAAUCAUCUGUGACUUGGUGGAAGAAAAGUUUAAAGGCAUAAUUUCCAUUUUGGAUGAGGAGUGCCUGCGGCCUGGGGACGCCACAGAUAUGACCUUUCUGGAGAAGCUUGAGGAGACCAUCAAGAGUCACCCCCAUUUCCUCACGCACAAGCUGGCCGAUGCCAAGACCCGGAAGUCGUUGGGGCGGGAAGAGUUCCGCCUGCUGCACUAUGCCGGGGAAGUCACCUACAACGUGGCAGGUUUCUUGGAUAAGAACAAUGACCUGCUCUUCCGGAACCUCAAGGAGGCGAUGUGUGACUCGGAGAACCCCAUCAUCACCCAAUGCUUUGACAGGACGGAGCUGACCGACAAGAAGAGACCUGAGACGGCCGUGACCCAGUUUAAGAACAGCCUCUUGAAGCUGAUGGAGAUCCUCAUGUCCAAGGAGCCCUCCUACGUCCGCUGCAUCAAGCCGAAUCAUGCCAAGCAGGCUGGCAAUUUUGAUGAAGUUUUGAUUCGGCACCAAGUGAAAUACUUGGGCUUGAUGGAGAACCUGAGAGUGCGCAGGGCUGGUUUUGCAUAUCGGCGGAAAUACGAGGUUUUUCUGCAAAGGUACAAAUCUCUAUGUCCUGAAACAUGGCCCACCUGGAAUGGGAGGCCUCAGGACGGAGUGGCAGCCCUCCUGAAACACCUGGGCUUCAAGCAGGAAGAGUACAAGCUGGGCAGGACAAAAAUAUUCAUUCGUUUCCCUAAGACUCUAUUUGCGACAGAAGAAGCCCUGGAAAUUCGCAAGCAAAGUCUCGCCACAAAAAUCCAAGCUGCUUGGCGAGGCUUCUAUCGGCGAAAGAAAUACCUUCAAAUGAAGCAUUCAGCGAUCACUAUCCAGGCCUGGUGGCGUGGUACUCUGGGACGCCGGAAGGCUGCCAAGAAGAAGUGGGCAGUGGACAUCAUCCGGCGGUUCAUCAAAGGUUUCAUUUACCGAAAUUGCUCCCGCUCCCCUGAGAACGAAUACUUCUUGGACUACAUUCGUUACUCUUUCCUGAUGAACCUAAAGCGCAACCUGCCAAAGACUGUUCUAGACAAGUCCUGGCCAGUGCCGCCGCCUUCCCUGCGAGAGGUGUCCCAGCUAUUGAGGGAACUCUGCAUGCAGAACCUGGUUUGGAGCUACUGCAAGAGAAUCAGCCCCGAAUGGAAAGGGCAGCUCGAGCAGAAGGUGGUGGCCAGUGAAAUAUUUAAGGGAAAAAAGGACAAUUACCCCCAAAGUGUUCCUAGACUUUUCCUCAAUACUCGUCUUGGUACUGAAGAGAUAAAUGCCAAAAUCCUUCAGGUGCUGGGAAAUGAGGCGCUUAAGUAUGCCGUUCCUGUGAUCAAGUAUGACCGCAAAGGCUACAAGGCCCGUGCCAGGCAACUGCUGCUCACCCAGAAUGCAGCUGUGCUGGUUGAAGAGUCCAAAGUCAAGCAGCAGAUCGACUACGGCAACCUCACAGGCAUCUCAGUUAGCAGCCUGAGCGACAAUCUUUUUGUGCUCCAUGUGCUUCGUCAGGACAACAAGCAGAAGGGAGAUGUUGUGCUGCAGAGUGAUUUUGUGAUUGAAACUUUGACUAAAAUUGCCAUAAGUGCCAACAAAGUCAACAAUGUUAAUAUCAACCAGGGCAGCAUCAAAUUCAUAGUUGGACAAGGCAAGGAAGGCAUCAUUGACUUCACCUCAGGAUCUGAGCUGCUGAUAGCCAAAGCCAAGAACGGUCACCUGGCAGUCGUGGCUCCUCGUUUGAAUUCUCGAUGAUGGCGAUGGACACUUCUCUACAAGGAGCCAUAGACUAAUUCAGUGAACAUGGACGGAGGUUUUCCUUGCCUCUGUUCUCUGGCCACCAAUGACCCUCCUUUAGUUCUGUUCUUGGUUUUCGUUCUAUCCAUACCCAAUCUGCCGAUCGGCCCUAAACAGACUGGCGGCCAUGGUGCCCACAAAGAGAGUGAAGUAACCUGCAGAGUUGCCAACAAAUUCCAGUAAAAUGCCAAAUUUUAUAUGAAAAUAUUUUAUAAAGAAAUCCUCUCGUUUUUGGGUGCUUUGUAUGAAAAUAUAAAAAGCCAUAAUGUACAGAUGAAAUAUUGUAGAUAUUUCCUCCUUGUAUGGGAUGUUUGCACUAUGGAAAUUAUUUUCUUAUUUCUAAUUGGAGAAAUUAUGAUAAUCCAAGAAAUAUCAGCAUUCUUGGCAUUUCUAUAUUCUUCCCCUUUCCUUUCCUGGAAAUUUCCCAACACUUGACAAUUGCUAGUUUGGAUGGAUUACUUGUAUCUGCACUUUGACUUUGCCAAAGGGAGUUCAGCAAUAUCUUCUCCACAAACUGACCCCUAUUAAAAACGGGUUUUCUAUUAGUCUUCAACACAAUAUUUCUGGUUGCUAUGAAAUAUCAAGAAAAAAACAAAACUAUAAGAGCUUAAAAAUUACUGAAAUCAUUUCUGAAACCAGUGAUUUAAAAAGUGGUAGAAUCUUCAGAUUGCGAAGUUCUAAAUAUUUGGGAUUAUUUUUUUUUAAAAAAGUGUAUCUAGUAACACUAAGUCUGCCUUGUAACUUUUGACUAUGGCUUCAACAUUUUCAUGCGACACCGACAGCUUCAAAACUAGAGUUUGCAUAUGCCAGGCAGUUUGUUGCUUGCUGUCAUACGGACAGUUAGUUACAUUUUGAUUAUCUUUCAUGAAAGCUGUUUAAAUGAUUAUUGCUUCGUGUGCAAGCUUCCUUUUAAGCACUGGGCUUUUUUGCCCAAUUCAGAAUUUUAAAAUUUUUAAUCAUCUUACUCAGCUUGCUUUUUUUUCUAGCUUCAGAAAUCAGCUGUUCAAGGAGCCAAGUUUGUUUAUUGUCCUCUGAAAACUACACUGAUUGAAUUCAGAUUUCUGAAUUGUAAAGGAACAUUUACCGCACAAAGAUUUGGGAACAAGCUGCUUCAGUGCUUUUGUCUGUUGAUCUGAAAUAAGCCUUUUGCAUUACUUACAUAGAAUCAGUAUCAUUUUGUUUGUAUGUGCUUUAUUUACUGCUGCCCAGGUUCAAAGGGGAAAUUUUCCUUCCCUACAUGGUGACAAAUGUUUUACAUCAUUUCUAAAAUGGGGCCUAUGCUAUAGUGUACAUAAGAUUUAAGGCUCUGUGCAGUGUGCAGUAUGAAUCAAGAUAUAUAUGCCAAAUAAAUUUUUACUAAAAAUC